AUGGAGCCCAACUCAGUCCAGUGGGUCGGCUCUCCGUGUGGUUUGCACGGUCCUUACAUUUUCUACAAGGCUUUUCAGUUCCACCUUGAAGGCAGACCAAGAAUUUUGUCCCUUGGCGACUUUUUCUUUGUAAGAUGUAAGCCAGAGGAUCCGAUUUGCAUAGCGGAGCUCCAGCUGUUGUGGGAAGAGAGGACUACCCGGCAACUUUUAUCCAGCUCCAAACUUUAUUUCCUCCCAGAAGAUACUCCCCAGGGCAGAAAUAGUGACCAUGGCGAGGAUGAAGUUAUUGCCGUUUCAGAGAAGGUGACUGUGAAGCUCGAAGACUUGGCAAAAUGGGCACAUUCAGAUUUCUCCAAGUGGAAGUGUGGUCUCCGGGCUGACCCAGUCAUACACAUGGAACUGGGCAAGAAUGGGCAGAAGGAAGCCUUGAUGAGAUACAGGCAGUCCACACUCAACAGUGGCCUGAACUUCAAAGACAUUCUAAAGGAAAAGGCUGAUCUUGGUGAGGAUGACGAAGAUUCAAAUCUGCUAAUCCUCAGUUAUCCACAGUACUGUCGAUAUCGUUCCAUGCUAAAGCGUGUUCAAGACAAGCCAUCUUCAAUACUAACAGACCAGUUCGUUUUAGCCCUUGGUGGCAUUGCAGUAAUCAGCAAGAACCCCCAAAUCCUUUACUGUCGGGAUACAUUUGAUCACCCAACUCUCAUAGAAAAUGAAAGCGUAUGUGAUGAGUUUGCGCCAAAUCUUAAAGGCAGACCACGCAAAAAGAAGCCAUGCCCACAGAGAAGAGAUUCAUUAAAUGGUGUUAAAGAUUCCAACAAUAAUUCUGAAAGCAAAGCUGUUGCCAAGGUAAAAUGUGAGGCUAAGUCAGCUUUGCCCAAAUCCAAAAGUAACAACAGCAACUGUAAAAAGGGCUCAAGUGAAGAUAAAUCAAAGGUUGCUGUGGGUGAAGAGUGCAGAGCUGAUGAGCAGGCUUUCCUUGUGGCACUUUAUAAAUACAUGAAAGAAAGGAAAACACCCAUUGAACGAAUACCCUAUUUAGGUUUUAAGCAGAUUAACCUUUGGACUAUGUUUCAAGCUGCUCAAAAACUGGGAGGAUAUGAAACAAUAACAGCCCGUCGACAAUGGAAACAUAUUUAUGAUGAAUUAGGUGGUAACCCUGGAAGCACAAGUGCUGCUACAUGUACUCGCAGACAUUAUGAAAGAUUAAUCCUGCCAUAUGAAAGAUUUAUUAAAGGAGAGGAAGAUAAGCCAUUGCCUCCAGUGAAACCUCGAAAACAGGAUAACAGUUCCCAGGAGAGCGAAACUAAAACAAAAGUGUCUGGAACAAAACGCAUCAAAAAUGAAAACCAAAAGAGCAAGAAAGAAAAAGAUAAUGCACAGAAACCCCAAGAUGCAUCUGAGGUUUCAUCAGAACAAGAGAAGGAUCAAGACUCUUCAGACCAGAAAAGUUUAUCUGAGCAUCCUGCAGUGGAGGAGACGAAGAAGCCCAUUGAAGGGUCCCAGCCUCUUCUGCCAGAGGCAACAGGGCCAGUAUCUCUGGAAAAGAUAGACUUGAUGGAAAGCAGCUCCAACAGUGAAAAGCCCAAGGAGGAAGUACAGCACUCGGUCUCUUUUUCAAGUGCUUCAGUGCCUCCUGAAGAGGAUGCCAUGUUGGAGCCAACAGUCAACAAACCCUUGCACACCCCAACAGAUGCCCUUGAUGACACAAAGCAAGAACAAAGAGGACCCAGUUUUACAGGCAAUUUAGAAAGUGAACCCCAAGAACUGCCUUUUAAUAAUUUCCCUGCAAUCCAAGUACAGUUACCAAGUCAAACCGACAUGGAAGACGAUAAAUUGCCAGAGAUGGCUGAUUAUAUUGCAAACUGCACAGUGAAACUGGAUCAAUUAGGUAACGAAGACAUACACAACGCACUAAAGCAAACGCCCAAAGUUCUUGUGGUACAGAAUUUUGACAUGUUCAAAGAAAAGGAACUGCCAGGUUCCAUUAAUGAUGAUCCCAGUUUUAGUUACACACCACUAAUCUAUUCAAAGGGUAAUCCAGGCAUCAUGUCACCACUGGCAAAGAAAAAACUUCUAUCACAGGUCAGUGGGGCAACUCUGUCAUGUAGUUAUCCUUAUGGGUCACCUCCACCUUUGAUUAGCAAAAAGAAAUUAAACAGCAGAGAUGAACUGUCUGCAAGCAUAUCUCAGGCUCCCCAUGCCCCCAGUUCUGAUUCUGUGGCAGUUAAUAGACCAUCUGUAAUACAACAUGUGCAGAGUUUUAAAACCAAGAAUUCAGAGGAAAGGAAAUCUAUUAAUGAAGCUUUUAAGCCUGACACGUUAAGUAAACCAGAUCCCAAGCGUUGUGAUUUUUCAAAACAUCACCUUAACUCUCUUGCUGAAUCUUAUGUACUGAAGCCAGAUAUCCAGGACUGCAAAGAUAAAAUGAACGAGAAAAGGGCACUGCAGCAUUCCCAUGUGCCCAGUUUCUUGGCAGACUUUUACUCAUCUCCUCAUCUGCACAGCCUUUAUAGGCACACAGAACACCACCUUAAUAAUGAACAGACAUCAAAGUACCUCCCUCGAGACAUGUUCAGAGAUUCAGAAAAUAUUUCUACUUUUACUCAACACAAACACCAAGAAAAACUUAAUUUAAAUUAUCACCCAUCUUUGCAUCAGCAAGAAAAAAAGACUGCCGUGGAAGCCUCUUCAGAUGAUCAGCCUACGGAUUUGAGUCUUCCAAAGAGCGUACACAAACAGACUGCAAAGACUCCAGGGUCCAAUCUCCUGCAUUCAUCAAUGGUGCCGCAAGAAAGCAAAGGUAUUUCCCAGUUCCAUACAUCAGGUGGCCAGGGGUUGAGCAUACACUGUAAUCCCAAAGCUUGCCGUGUUUCUCCGAUGACCAUGUCAGCACCUAAAAAACAUGGUGAAUCCCUUCAUAGGUCCGGAAAACAGCAGAAUCAGAGACUUGAGAAUUUAAGAAAGAUGGAAGGAAUGGUCCAUCCAAUUAUAAGCCGCAAAAGUAGCCCCCAAAACAUUGGGGCAGCUCGGCCUUUGAAACGGAACCUAGAGGAUUUGGACAAAGUCAUUUCUGAAAAAAAAAUCCGAGCUGUCUCUCCUCUGCACUUACCAAAGGAGACACCUGCAAAGGAAAAGGUUCCCGACCGAGAGGGUGAAGGCAGCAAAUCAGUUCAUGGUCUACAUUCUGGCAACACGUUGGAAAGCCACAAAUUUCCCCUCUCAACUCCUAUCUUCACAGGCUUGUACCCAGGAACUCUGUGUGCGGGGUUGAACAAUCGCAUCCCAGCUGGAUACUCUCAUCCUUUGCAGUACUUGAAAAAUCAGACUGUGCUUUCUCCACUAAUGCAGCCUUUGGCUCUUCAUUCCUUCAUGGUGCAAAGACAAUUUCUUACAUCCCCUGCAAAUUCUCAGCAGCUCUAUAGACACUUAGCUGCAGCAACACCUGUAGGAAGUUCAUAUGGUGACCUUUUGCACAAUAGCAUUUAUCCUUUAGCUGCUAUAAAUCCUCAAGCUGCCUUUCCACCUUCCCAGCUGUCUUCUGUACAUCCGAGCACAAAACUGUAA